AUGGCUAAAAUAGUUUUUAUGCUUACUCCACUACGAAUGCAAAGUUUCAGCAAAGGAGAUUAUCGAAUGCGAUCGGACCGAAUUGAUGUUGCGAUCAGAGAAAGUGUAGUGGAAGGGAAAGGAGAAGAAGAAAGAAUACGAAAUAAUAUUAUAAAUCUCUGA